AUGAAGAACGAGAAGUUCGACAUUGUAUCUGUCCUCAGAGGGCAGACACGAAUCCCCGUGGAUAAGGACGAGCUCCUCAAAAUUGGCAACAAGAAGGAAGAUUGGAUCAAACACGUCGACUUUAUUGCCGAGAAGUUUGACAUUAUGGAAUGGUGGGAGGACACCGGCAAAGAAGAAUUCCCACUGCUGUAUCCUAUUGCAUGCAUCGUCCUUGCCUUGCCCGAAAGUAAUGGGGAUCAGGAAAGAACUUUCAGUGGCGCCACGUGGAUGGAUGGAAAGCUCAACUCCAAGCAAACAGACAUCACGUUUCAGAUGAAGGUUCUCACCUACAAGAAUCGUGCCUUCCUCCGCCAACACCGUCACCUUGUGAGCGUUGCAAGGAAGCGGGUGGCCGAGAACCGCACAAAGAGACUCCUCAGAGAACAUGUGAAGAAAUUGAGCCGUGCAGAGGAGGAGGGCAAGGAGCCUGAAGAUAUCACCCAGGAAAUGCUGGACGAGUUGGAGCAUUACGCCAAUGAAGAUGCUGCUAAUGCAGCCUUCAUUGAUGCCAAUGCAUAA